AUGGCUGAAGAGGCCGAGGCUGAUGUUGUUUUUUCCUGGGGCUGUCAUGCUUACCGAGCUCGACAGAACUUACUUGGAGGAUCUGUGCAAGACAAUCAGACCGGAGAUGUGGGAGCCAAGUUUCUGCUCUUCGAUCAGACGGCGAAGCAACUAUAUCUCUGUCGCUACCAGAAGGAGGAAGCAGUGUCGCCCUGCCAAACCUAUGUUCUCCGGAGGCUGGGAGAGUCUGAGCGCUUGGAGAACCCCCGGCAACUUCUGUUAUGUCCCGGACAUCCCAUGUUUGCAUCACUAGAAGUCAUCGCCGGCCGUGCCAGAGCUUGUGUUUGGAGUCUGGAGCAGCAGAGAAUACCCGAGACUUAUUCGCUGGGAGUGACCAUAUUGGGUGCUGAGUCUGCAAGAGCGAUCAGUUGGGUCCAUGGCACCACAGGGUGCAACACGUUAGCUUUGUGCCUCCUUCUCUCCACGCAAGUGCUCAUGGUUUCUGUUGAGGGCAGUGGAGAAGCCGGAGGACUCGUUGGUCAGGAGUAUUUGCGACUGGAAGUCGGAUUUCCGUCUUCCUGCUUCUGUUGGUCAAAGGAUGGUUGCCAGCUGCUGGUCGGUGGAAGUGGUCAGAUUCUUUGCUUCGCAUGGGCGGCAAACAGAGACAAAGAGAGCAGCAAGAGCAGAAGCUUGGAGAAGCCGCUCUCCAAAGAUUUCCUCUGCGGCGGUGACUGCGUCGAGAUCCGUGCACUGCAUUCUGCGGCUUUUCUCUGUCGAGUCGAUCACAAGCAGAAGGCGCCGGAGAGCCAGACUCAGACGGUUCCAGCCUUGAUGCUGCCAGGUGGUCAAACCUGUCACGCGCCAGCUCGCCCCGUCCAGACAGAGCCUCUCGUCCAAGAGCUGGAGGAGAGGGAGAUGGUUCAGACCACGGCUGAAGGACUUGGAGGUGGACUCUCAGCGAACAGCUUGAACAGCUUGAAGAGCUUAAGCUUGAGCCAAACGUCUCAGAGCAGUGGAGGCCCUGUCCCAGGCCUCGGAGGCCUCGGAGGCCUCGGAGGUUUGCAGGUGGUGCCCUGUCAUCGUCACUUGCUGCCGCUGUGCUUCGAACGGAGAAGAGACGGCUUAAAAUUGCAUUGUGGGAACGAGCAAAGCAUAGAGGGUGAGCUCGUUGCUGUCGUCGAGGGCGACAAGCUUGGCACAGCGUGUGUCGUCGUGGGAUCCUUCUGCAAUGCUGAGAUCUCCGUCUUCGGUCUGUUACCACCUCACGGCUGGCUCUCCACUUCCUGCAGGACGACUAGGACGACAAGCGGCAGUGAAGGCGAGUGGCACAAGCUGUUCAGCGUGGACUUGUCGCCAACAGCCCCGAUGCGCCUUUCAGGUUUGGCGGUUUGGGGCGGUCUGGCAGAGCUGGAGGUGCACUGUCUUCUCUCCGAGAGGAGUGAGCCGGGUCCUGGAGCCAACAUCGCGCGGGAGCUUUGGCACAAGCAACUCGACACCAGUUAA